AGAAAAACACAAGAAGUAAUUGGGUGUCUAAACGUUUUUAGUUGAGGCAAAGAACAAGAAGAGGAGUGCGGUUGUUUCGUUUGACACUUUGCGCUCUCUUUUUCUUUCUCUUCCAACGGUCCAACUUUGACUUUUCUUCUUCUUCUUCUUCCAUGGCUUCACCGCAUUCCCUAAACCCUAGACCUGGAACCACUCAUUCUCUCUCCCUUUCGCUUUGAUCGGUUACUCUUUCCGAUUCCGUUGCGACCAACCUUCGUCGCCAUGAACGUCACCGUUGAUUCCGCGCUCUUCGCGUUUCUCUUCCCUUCCCUGUGGGAGAUCAAAGUCGCCGUCGCCGCCUCCGUCUUCGUCAUAAUCACCUAUCACUUCUUCGCGCCCCGAACCGCUCACCUCCACGCUGAUCCGUCGCUCUCCGACAAUUCCCCCGCCGCCGCCGAUCUCGCCGACGAUAAGGACAAGAUGGGCCUGCCUAAAGGGGAUUCUCAAACCAGUUCGGGGUACCUGAUCAAGUUAGAACUAUUGGCUGCUAAGAAUCUUGUUGGUGCGAACCUAAAUGGCACAUCGGAUCCUUAUGCUAUCAUCACAUGUGGCAAUGAAAAGCGAUUCAGUUCCAUGGUACCUGGUUCAAGAAAUCCAAUGUGGGGGGAGGAGUUCAAUUUUUCUGUUGAUGAACUUCCUGUCCAGAUCAAUGUCACAAUUUAUGAUUGGGAUAUAAUUUGGAAAAGUGCUGUUCUUGGUUCAGUGACUGUUCCAGUUGAAAGUGAAGGUCAAACUGGUGCAGUGUGGCAUACUUUGGAUAGCCCAUCAGGGCAGGUUUGUCUUCAUAUAAAAACAAUAAAACUAUCUGCAAGUGAUUCCAGGAUAAAUGGUUAUGGAGGAGCCAACCCUCGAAGAAGGAUUCCACCCUUGGAAAAUCAGGGCCCUACUGUAGUCCAUCAAAAGCCAGGGCCUCUUCAAACUAUAUUUAAUCUUCAUCCAGAUGAGGUUGUUGAUCAUAGUUAUUCUUGUGCACUUGAGAGGUCAUUCUUGUACCAUGGUCGUAUGUAUGUCUCAUCCUGGCACAUUUGUUUCCAUUCCAAUGUGUUUUCAAAGCAAAUGAAGGUGGUUAUUCCAUUUGAAGAUAUAGAUGAGAUUCGAAGGAGUCAACAUGCAUUUAUCAAUCCUGCUAUAACAAUUAUUCUUCGCAUGGGUGCUGGUGGACAUGGUGUACCUCCUUUGGGAAGUCCUGAUGGUAGGGUCAGAUAUAUGUUUGCAUCAUUUUGGAACAGGAAUCAUGCAGUCAGAACUCUACAGCGUGCAGCAAAGAAAUUUCAUGAAAUGUUGGAAGCUGAGAAGAAGGAAAAUGCUGAGUCAGAGCUGCGUGCACAUAGCAGUUCUGUCAGAGGUAGUAAAAUACUGGAUAAGGUUCCAGAAGAAAUCAUGUCAAAAUCUGGAAAACUUCAACCUUUUAUCAAAGAAGAGGCCUUAGUUGGUAUAUACAAUGAAGUUUUUCCCUGCACAGCUGAUCAGUUUUUUUACUUAUUAUUAAAUGAUGGUUCAAAUUUUACUAGCAAAUAUCGUUCCAUAAGAAAGGACACUAAUCUUGUGAUGGGCCAGUGGCAUACAGCAGAUGAAUAUGAUGGUCAAGUCCGAGAGAUAACCUUCAGAUCCCUUUGUAACAGCCCUAUGUGCCCUCCAGACACAGCCAUGACAGAGUGGCAACAUCAUGUUCUAUCACCAGACAAGAAAAACCUGGUGUUUGAAACUGUGCAGCAGGCACAUGAUGUUCCAUUUGGAUCCUACUUUGAGGUGCACUGUAAAUGGAGCUUGGAGACAAUUAAUGAAAGCUCAUGUACUCUGGACAUAAAAGUGGGUGCACAUUUCAAGAAAUGGUGUGUUAUGCAAUCCAAAAUAAAAUCAGGGGCAGUCAAUGAGUACAAGAAAGAAGUUGAUGUGAUGUUAGAUGUUGCUCGUUCGUAUAUAAAAUCAUCAAAUACCUCUAAAUCUAAUGACGAGAAUGAUGAAGCCUCUUCGCCCCCUGCAGCGACCCUGGAGAACUAAUAUUUUUUGGCAAUUAGGAUUUUAUUUAUCUGUGCAAUAUUGUAGCUUUCCCUUUUUUGGGUUAUUUAUUAGUGUAACACGCAUAGCAUAGCCGAAAUAUUUGUAUAUUUUGAUUGCAAUAGGAUUUUGUCUUGUGUAUCACCGUUGGUAACUUUCAGCUUGCAAUUGUAAUGUCUUGUGUAUAUUUCUUCUGGAAAUUGUGUGGAAAAUGAAAAUUGCUUCACAAUAUUGCCUUUAA